AUGGCGUACAAGAAUGACAAGAGUUGGAAAGUUCCACCACGUCAGGCGAACUCUGUGCAAACGCUUUCCACGAGCUUGCAGCUGCUGUCAAAAGAGGAUCCUGACAAGCUGAUCAUCGUGCGUCGAAUCAACAAGCUCGGGUUCAAGGCCUCUCGCAAGCUGAAGCAAUACUUUGGUGAGUGCAAGCCUCAGUCGGCUGCGGGCUGCAAUGACCUGUGA